AUGGCGCCAGGACAGAAAAUGUACCCACGGGCGACGGUCAAGAAGAUUGUCAAGGCCCACUCCAACUGCAAUGUCAGCAAGAAUGCCGACGUGACGAUGUUCCUCGAUUACAUCGUCUUCAUGCAGACGCUAGUGAAAGAGGCUGGAAUCGAGUCGAAGCAAGCGGGCGAGAGGGGCAUCACUUCCAGGAGCGUCAAGAAGACCACCGGGAACACACUCGCAAAGUUCAAGGGAUGA